AUGUCAAAAAUACGAAAUUCUUUGGUGAAGCAAAUUAAAUUACGAAAACAAAGCGCAACCAAAAUUUAUAAUCAUCUCUCAGGAAUUCAUGAUAGCAAGCCCGAACUCACAUGCCUAUUAGGCUGGUUUAAUUUAAGAGCCAUUGGCACAAACGAGAACCUCGACGAAGCCUUCAAUUUAUUUACAAAAUCAGCUUCAAAAAAUUAUGCACUGGGACAAUUUUAUUUGGCCAUUUGUUACGAGCAAGAAAUUGGCAUAGUAAAAGAUGAAUUAAUGUCAUUAUUUUGGUAUCAAAAGGCAGCGGAAAAUGGAGAAACUUCGGCUCAAGUUAAUUUGGGUCUUGAAUAUGAAUUAGGGACGAAUAUAGAAAAGGAUUAUAACAUGGCAACAAAAUGGUAUCAAAAAGCUGCUGAAAAAGGACAUUUAAUCGCCAUGUAUAAUUUGGGUAGAAUGUUUGAACAUGGUUAUGGUGUUGAAAAAAAUUUUGAUAAAGCAUUUAAAUUCAUGGAUUUAUCUGCUCAAAGCGGAUACCCUAAUGCCGCCUUACUACUUGGUAAUUAUUAUAUAAAUGGGAAAGGGUGUAAUUCCAAUUUAGAUUUAGCAUUUAAAUAUUUUAAAAUAGCUGCAAAAAAGAAUGUGGUGGGUGCUCAAUAUGUUCUUGCUAUAGCUUAUGAAGAAGGUCAAGGAACGAAAAAGAACUUUAAAAAAGCAAUUUAUUGGUAUAAAGUUGCCGCCAAAAAUGGCCACCAAGAUGCUAAAGAUAUUCUUUUAGAAUAUUUACUUGAUGAUAAAAUUUAUUUGAAAAUUUAA